AUGAGCGUGUCCACGCGCGGGUCCGAACACGUUACGACGUGCUUCGACCUGCUGCAUUUUGACCGCUUAUUCGGUGGCGGUGGAGCAAUGGCCUCCUCAUCUCCCGAAGAUGAGGAAGCACUACUCUGCGAUGAGCUCAAAGAGCUCCACUCUCCAUCCGGGGCAGCGACAGACACCUUAUCAUCUUUAGGAUCCAUAUGUGAUAGUGCUAGAAAAGAUAGUGAUCUAGAAAAAGGCCGUGUUGAAGAAACUGAUGUGCUUAAAGGGAAAUGGUGUACUAUUAAAGAAUAUCUUAAAGACUACACUGUUAAUUCUAAUUUACACGGCCUGCGCUACAUCGGUGACAAAGAACGUACUACUGUCGAAAAACUUUUCUGGCUUUUUAUGUUUAUAUGUUGCUUAGUUUUCUGCGCUCGCUCGAUAAAUAGUGCUUACACAAAAUGGAAUGAGAGUCCCUUAAUCGUAAGUUUUUCAGAAAACCCGACGCCUGUGUGGGAGAUACCAUACCCCGCAGUAACAGUGUGCUUAGAAACUAAAUCCAUGCAAACAAGAUUCAACUUCACGAAAUAUUUUCAUCUCUAUACCAAUAACAUAACGUAUGUAAAGUUGACGGAAGAGGAGCGUCACAUGUACGAGGAUAUUUCCCUGGUUUGCGACGAUCACUUAGCCCCGCUUAGUGGUCGAAAAUUCUCAAACGGAAAUACAACUGUUGCAAAUUUGAAACGGGUUUCUCCGAACGCUGCUGAUAUUUUCUUCGGUUGCAAAUGGAAAGACGUCCCCGUGUACAAUUGCGUGGAUCUUUUUUCGCCCAUUCUAACAGAAGUUGGUUCCUGCUACACCUUUAAUACGAUGGGUGCAGAAGAGAUCUUAAGAAUUGAGAACUUGCAUACCGAAUACAAAUAUUUAGAAACUUCCAAUUCUUCCCGAGGUUGGACAUUAGAAGAGGGUUAUCCUCCGUUUACUCCGGUACAAACCUACCCAUACCGAGGCUCGGGCUAUGGGGCGAAAGGCGUAUUAAUAUUUCUACUUAAAACCAAUGACGUUGAUUUAGACAACCUUUGCAAAGGGCCAGUGCAGGGAUUUAAGGUG